CUUUCCCCAGGACAGAGAUCGCUGACUGGAGUGAAGCUGACUGCACAUUAGACCACAGCGAUGCCAGAGAGACAAGACACGCCUCUGGGGGCGCUACCGCUGCAGAGACGAUGCCCACGAUGCGGGGAUGUACUGGAGUGGUCACGGGAGCAAAGUGCUCUGUUGGCCUGCCGUUGCUACUCUCAGCUGGACGAGGCCGUGGAGAGUGUGGCUGAAGGCCGAGGCCGGGGUGCUAGCAGAGGGGACAAGGAGAGGGGUCACUGGGCUGCAGGACGAGUGGGGGACAUUGACUUCACUGGCACCAGUAGGACAAGGGGAAAGUUUGUGAGGGUUCACAGCUCCACAGAUCCAGUGUUAAUCUACCAGAUGCUGACAGAGCAGUGGGGACUAUCCCCUCCACACCUGGUGGUGGCUCUGGUGGGGGGAGACGAGCUGGCUCAGAUGAAACCCUGGCUCAGGGACACCGUGAGGAAAGGACUGGUCAAGGCUGCUCAGAGCACAGGUGCCUGGAUCCUGACCAACGGGCUUCGCUUCGGCAUCACCAAGCACCUGGGCCAGGCUGUCCGUGACCACUCUCUGGCCAGCACCUCCUCUAAGGUCAAGGUGGUGGCCAUCGGCAUCGCUCCCUGGAACAUGAUCCACAACAGAGACGCUCUGCUUGCUGCUCAGCCAGACCAGCCUGCCGUGGUGGAGCCCCAGGACCUGUCCCAUGGGGCGGUGUACUCCCUGGACUGCAACCACUCCCACUUUGUCCUGGUUGAGGAGGACCCUCAGCGCCCCGGGGCCACCAGCGAAAUGAGGGUCAAGCUGCUCAAGCAUAUCUCCCUGCAGCGCACCGGAUAUGGAGGUGCAGGCAGCUUUGAGAUCCCAGUGCUGUGUCUCCUGGUGCAUGGAGAACCUCGGAUCCUACAGAGGAUGUAUAAGGGCAUAGGGAACGCCAUGCCCUGGCUGAUACUGGCGGGGUCGGGGGGCGUGGCCCACAUCCUGGUCACGCUGAUGAACCGGGGCUGCUGGGACAUGGACAGCGUGCAGGAGCUCCUGCUAGACACCUUUCCCAGCGUGCACCACAGCACUGACAUCACUAACUGGACCAAGCUGAUCCAGAAGAUACUGGACAACGGCCACCUCCUGACAGUUCAUGACCCCGAGCAGGAGAGCUCUGAGCUGGACACAGUCAUCCUCAAAGCUUUGGUCAAAGCCUGUAAGAGCCAGAGUCAGGAAGCUCAGGACUUCCUGGAUGAGCUGAAGUUGGCGGUGGCCUGGAACCGGGUGGACAUCGCUAAGAGCCACAUCUUCAAUGGGGACGUGGAGUGGACGGCAGGUGACCUGGAGGAGGUGAUGAUGGACGCGCUGGUCAAUGAUAAGCCCGACUUUGUGCGUCUAUUUGUGGACAACGGCGUGUGUCUGGGUGAGUUCCUGACCUACGGCCGCCUGCAGGAGCUCUACUGCUCCGUGUCAGAGAAGAGCCUCCUUCAUCUCCUCCUCCUGAAGAAGCACCAGGAGAAACAGCUCCUACUGAAGUCUACACGGACCCCUGGACCCCCCCACGACCACCACAAGGCCGAGUCCGGGGACCGGAAGGCCCGCUUCACCCUGCAUGAGGUGUCCAAAGUGCUGAAAGAUUUCCUGCACGACUCGUGUAAAGGCUUCUAUCAGAAGCUGCCCACGGUGGGUACUGGGAGAAGACAGGCAAGAAGGGCAGGGCGUCUCUUUAACAACCAGAAGAGCCUUGCUGAGUUGGAGGAGCGCUGUGAGCACCCCUGGAGGGACCUGUUCCUCUGGGCUGUUCUCCAGAACCGGCAGCAGAUGGCUAACUACUUCUGGGCCAUGGGUCCUGAAGCUGUAGCUGCGGCUCUAGCUGGUUGUAAGAUCCUGAAAGAGAUGUCUGGCCUGGAGUCAGAGGCAGAGUCAGCACGCAGCAUGAAGGAGGCCAAGUAUGAGCAGUUUGCCCUAGAUCUGUUUGGGGAAUGCUACUCUAACAGUGAAGACAGGGCCUAUGCUCUUCUGGUGAGAAGGACCCGCUGCUGGAAUCAAUCCACCGUCCUCAACCUGGCAACCGAGGCUGACGCCAAGUGCUUCUUCGCCCACAAUGGAGUUCAGGGGUUCCUCACUAAGAUCUGGUGGGGGGCGAUGACUACAGACACAGCCAUCUCCAAACUGGUGCUGUCUUUCUUCUGUCCCCCUCUCAUCUGGACCAACCUCAUCAAGUUCAGUGAUGAGGAACUAGACAGUCGUGGUGGAGGAGAGGAGCAGUAUGUGGAACUAGACAGUCUGGACACAGAAAAGGCCCUGCUACUAACAGACAAUGACCCUUUAGACUCGGGGGGUCCUCCUGGUGGCGUGGAGGGCCAGAGCAGCGCCGCCGUGUGGUGGCGUUUCCUGCUGCGUCGCUGGCGUCGCUUCUGGAGUGCCCCGGUCACUGUGUUUCUAGGCAACGUCAUCAUGUACUUUGCCUUCCUCAUCCUGUUCACCUACGUGCUCCUGCUGGACUUUCGUCCACCGCCCCCGGCGGGCCCUGGGGCCCCGGAGAUCAUGCUCUACUUCUGGGUCUUCACCCUGGUGCUGGAGGAGCUGAGACAGAGUUUCUUCACAGACGAAGACAUGAGCAUCCUGAAGAAAUUCAAGCUGUACGUGGAGGACAACUGGAACAAGUGUGACAUGGUGGCCAUCUCACUCUUCGUUAUCGGUGUGUCCUGCAGGAUGAUGAAAGACACGUAUGAGGCGGGGCGAACGGUUCUGGCGCUGGACUUCAUGGUGUUCACACUGCGUCUCAUCCACAUCUUCGCCAUCCACAAGCAGCUAGGGCCCAAGAUCAUCAUUGUGGAGAGGAUGAUGAAGGAUGUGUUCUUCUUCCUGUUCUUCCUGAGUGUGUGGCUCAUAGCGUACGGCGUGGCUACUCAGGCCCUUCUCCACCCCAACGACCCGCGCCUAGACUGGGUGUUUCGCAGGGUCCUGUAUCGACCCUACCUGCACAUCUUCGGCCAGAUCCCAUUGGAGGAGAUUGACGUGGCACGGAUGCCCGAGACCAACUGUACCACGGUGAUAGAGGAGAUCAUCAUGGGAACUCUGCCCCCUUGUCCCAACAUCUACGCCAACUGGCUGGUCAUCCUACUGCUGGUCAUCUUCUUACUGGUUACCAACGUUCUGCUGCUCAACCUCCUCAUCGCCAUGUUCAGCUACACAUUCCAGGUGGUGCAGGGAAACACAGACAUCUUCUGGAAGUUCCAGAGGUACAACCUGAUCGUGGAGUACCACAGCCGGCCAGCCUUGGCCCCGCCCUUCAUCAUCAUCAGCCACUGUUCCCAGCUCCUCCUCAGCCUGGUCAAGAGUCCUGAGCCCAAACUGGAGCAACUAGAGAGGGAGCUGCCUGCAGGUCUGGACCAGAGGUUGAUGACCUGGGAGACAGUACAGAAGGAGAACUAUCUGGCCAAACUGGAACGGCAGCAUCUGGAGAGCAGUGAGGAGAGACUGAAGAGCACCUCUUCCAAGGUUCAGAGCUUAUUGAAGAUUGUUGGAGGAUUCAAGGAGCAAGAGAAGCGAAUGUCAUCCAUGGAAGCUCAGGUGAAGUACUGUGGGGAGGUGCUGUCCUGGAUCUCUGAGUGCUUUUCCCAGAGUACACUCAAGUGUGAGAGAGAGGCCCCCAGAGUUCCAUCUGUCAAGGCUACUGGUGUCACAGCUGUGAAGGCCGGCGCUUCCAGAGAUCCCCCUCAGAAUGUGUCAGACAAGGAGGUCGAGCCAGAGAGGAUAGAGGCUAAACUAGGCCCCUCGGGAUACGGAGCCAACAAGAGGUUUCCUUACAUCGACCAAUAACAUCCACAUCAAAAGUAGUGUUUUUGGAAUGUGAAUCCCAGCCUGGAAAUCGAAGCACUAAUUUUCUAAAUGUUUUUAGUUUUCUAGUUGAGACAUGACUGAAUCUGAAUCCCAAGUGCCUUAUUAAAAUGAAGAGCCUUGA